AUGGAGCGGGCCAGGGUGCGGGUGCUGCGCGGUGGCCACGGCCCGCCGGGGCUCCGGCUCGCGCUCGGGCUGUUGCUGCUGCUGGCGCGGCCGCCGUCGGGUCGCGCGGGGGCCCCCGAGGCUCAGGAGCCCGCGGCACCCGGCACGGCGGCCCCGGUCGGCGGCGACCGCUGCCGCGGUUACUACGACGUGAUGGGCCAGUGGGACCCGCCCUUCAACUGCAGCUCGGGCGCCUACAGCUUCUGCUGUGGCACGUGCGGCUACCGCUUUUGCUGCCACGACGGGCCACGGCGACUUGAUCAGAGCCGCUGCUCCAACUACGACACGCCGGCCUGGGUGCAGACCGGCCGGCCGCCCGCGCGGGCCCGCGACACCGCCGUGCCCCGGGACCCGGGUCGCGAGCGCAGCCACACGGCCGUCUACGCGGUGUGCGGCGUCGCCGCGUUGCUGGUGCUGGUCGGCAUCGGGGUGCGCCUGGGCCUGGAGAGAGCACACAGCCCGCGCGCGCGGCGCACGGUGACCAGGACACUGACAGAACUUCUGAAGCAGCCAGGCCCCCAGGAGCCACUGCCUCCACCUCUGGGCCCACCGCUGGGUAGCUGUGUCCAGGUGCAGAUGGGUGAUGGCCUCCCCCGGGGCUCCCCUCACAACAGCAUAGGCCCUGUUCCUGGCGCUGGAGAUUCUGCCUCGAAGACAGGUUCCACUUUCAGUCUCGCUCAAAUAGCCCCCAACUUAACUGCGGUUGGGGAGAGGGCUUCGAGGAGGUGGGAGUGUAGGUGCAGAGUGUCCUCGAGUCUCAUCUCCCCCCUCCCGGCUCUAGACAAGAAACGCCACAGCAAUGUGCCCCUGGGGUCGGCCACACUGGGACCCCCGCGCGGCCCCCGACUGCAGGGCGGAGGCAGCAUGACGCAGCAGCCGGGCUACGCCAAGUACGCCACCCUCAAGGCAGCCGGACUCAAGGCCUCGGAGGCUCCCCCGCAGGACUUCUACCAGCAUUUUCCAGCGCCCGCCCCCGCCCCACUGACCCUUCCGGCGCGGGCCCUGCGGCCCCCAGAGGACUUGCCCGCGCUGUUGGACGCCUGCCCCUGGGCCCCGCCCGGCUACGCGCCCCCCGCCGGCCCCGCCCCCACGGGCCACUGCAAGUCCUGGACCGCCAGCCGCCCGGCCCGCCCCACCCCCCGCGGCCACCUGGCGGCUCAGGCCUCCCCGCCUCCCCGGCGGUCCGGCCACCCGCCCCGGCACGGGGAGAAGCCGCCCAAGGCCUUCGGCCCGCAACCCCCUGUCCUUUACGGCUGCGCGGUUCGCGGACCCCGACACCUGAGCACCAACAGCAAAACUGAAGUCACCGUAUGA